CUGGUUCUCAUCUCCGGUAAUGGCCAAAUCCGUCAGAUCCAACCAAUGGUUGGCGUGUCCUGAGAAAGUCCAUUCGUCCCAGCCAGGAGACAGUCUGGGAACAGCAGGAAGGAUGCAGAGAGUGAAUGAGACCAAGUUUAGGAAGUUCGUACCUGACUCCAGAGAAGACCUAAAGCUUAUUAAACAUUACGUUGCCCGUGAUUUCAGACUCAUUGGUGUACUCUUGGUAGAGGUUGUUCCCACACGCAUGUCCAGCCCUAGGCCAUGUUUUUUACCUCACCUGGUCAUGGCUUUACACUAUCCCUGCUUACCCAAACGAGUCACAUAUGAUGGUCCUGGACUCCUCCUCUGAAAAGCUUCUUCAGCAUAUCUUCGAAGGCUUUCUGCCUUUCCUGAGGGCGAUGGUUGUCAGGCAAGGUAUAUCCUGGGGCUAAAUGAAGAUUCAGUAACUGACUUUUUUGUCUCACAAGUUGAGUCUUUCCCUGGAAACUCUGCAUCCUUUUUGUGCUACAAAGUUUAAAGUCUGUACAGCUGGUAUCGUCUGAAGCAGUAGAAAGGAGGUCAUCCUCAAACAGGAUUGUGGUUACAGAGUUGAGUGUAAAUUCCCCGAGGUGCGGACCAAAAUAGUGAAAACUGCCUAAGAAUUCUUGCAGGACGACAGCAACAGGUGUGUCAAGCAUCUGGGACAGUCCACUGAAAGAUGACUAAGAACUGGGAACCCUGGCUUUCGGAAAAGAUAGGCACGCUGGCAAACCAGAGACAGGACCUGUGCUGUCUUAGGACCCUCCUCCUCGCUGGUCUCUGGGUUUAGGAGCCCACGCACCCACACAGCCUGGUCCCAUCCGCUUCAGCACCACGGAUCUGGAGUGCAAGCUUGUGCAGUUUUUUUUUAUAUGCGUCAUCUUAAGGCGCGCCGGCUGUCGAGACUUCUGGGAAAUGGAGUCCAUGCGAAGGCAGCCCAUUGAUUGGAGCCCAGAAGCGGAAGACCAUCGCGCAGGCGCACUGCCUUCCCGACCCGAGGCGGUACGGCGUUCGCAGGUACCCAGUACUCUUGCGGAAGGUGAGGGCUGCGGGUCUAGGUCUUCGAGAUGCCGAGUGGACGCAGCGGCGGAGAGAAGGGAACCCUGGGGACUUGGGAGGACUAGUGGGCGUGACCUGAUGGAGCUAGCUUGCGCGAGAGCCUGGGAGGGAGAGUCGUCCCUCCCAGUGUGCGUAGGUUCCUUAGGGCAUAGACAGGGCUACCAGUGUCUUUGUGGUACGCCCACUGUGUGCCAGAAUCCUGUACUUCAAAGUUGGAGGUCCCAGUCUUCCCCCGUCUUCCUCUAGUUCUUUCCUCCCUUCAUGGGUGCUUCAUGAAUGUAGGUGGUACCGACCCUAAAUCUAGGGGUGCCCACUCUAUUCUCACCCAGUCCCCCCAGAAAACGUCUCACGUUGUGUCUUUUGCUCCUCAUCCCCAGCCUGCGCGGGAAUGUCCUGACGUGAGCUUAGGGUGUUCGUAGAGGAGGCCGGAUUUGAGGUGAAGAAAACCCCAAAGGAGAUGGCAAAUGACUUCAGGCAGAUUUGAGAUGAUUUUGACUAGAGUGCACUGUCACGGAGUAGUGGAAAUAAAAGUGAAGGAACUGUAUUGAGGCCAGACAAGACCCAGAGUGUCAGGGUAAGACCCACCAAGCAAGGUAUUGUGUGGUCUUAAAUGAGAUCAACACAAACGAAGUUUUGAGGAACAGUUCUAGAAGUAACAUUCUGAUCAUCAUAAAGUCGAACAUCCCAACUUAGGACCAACCACCGACACCGACAACCAUCAUAUGUCUAGAAGUCCGUGUGAUGACCAGUUGUCUAUUACUCCAUUGAAGUUGUUUGCAAUUUACCGGUGAUCUUUUCCCUAGUUUUUGUUUUUACAUUUAUUGCAUUUGAGAUACGGCCUUAUUUUGUAGCCUACCCUGGUAAUAAGCCAGCAGAUCCUGCUUCAGCCUUCCAAGUGCAGGCAUUACGGGUGUAUGUCAUCAUACUUGUUUUCCAUGAAGCUUCAGUCAUGCAUAUAAAGCUUCCCAAAAUGUUGGGAUGCGUUUCGGGAUUUUCUAUUUUAGUCUAAAGAUCUGCUUAACUUUGUGGCUAUCUUUUGAUGAAAUAAAUUAUAACAUAGAAGUAAAAGCUUCCAGGCAGACUUUUUCAAAUUCUGCCUCAGCCUUUUACAAAGUCUGAAUACCCUAUAGUCCCUCUCCUGAUGUAUGAGGAUGGGAUUAAAUUAUCCUUAUUAAAAGCACUUAGCAAGAGCCUCAGGAGAGCAAGUGCUCAGCAAUACUAGUUAGGGUGAUGUUUCAUAGCGCUCCAUUGUGUGUCUAGCCUGUAGGCAGUAAAUUAUUUAAUCAAGUUUCCUGUUGUAGAUGCUUAAUAGAGUUCACAUUUUAGUUGCAUUGUUUAAAGACUAAAUGGGAUGAUGUAUGUAAUUGCUUAAGAAGCUGGCUGGCAGAGAACCUUCAAUAAAGAUGUGUUGGUGAUGGUUAAUUAAAAGCUCUGUAACUAUUCUCUUUUAUUUCUAGAAUAAAUUCCUAGAAGAGAAUUGGCCAAUCUGAGAAUGUCUGUGUUUGAAAACCCUUGCUAUUCAUCACAAUGCUCUUUCUAAAGUACAUAUCUAAUGAGGACACAACCAUGCUCAACACCCCCCACCCCCAGCUCCUUUUGAUGUAGUUUGACCUCUGCUGGUUUCUCCAGGCUCAUCUUUUCUCCAAUAUUGCUCCUGACUGACUUCCUCUUAUCUAAUUUCAGUAGUAAUCCUUUAUGUGAUAAGGAUCUGCCUCCUAUUUUUACUCAAGGUUUUCCUUGUCUAUAAUGUUCCUCCCUCACAGCAAAACUGUAGAUCCCUAUUUGUGCCAAGAAAGCUGCAGCAUUUCUCCCUCAAUCCUUCCUCCAUGGGCUUGGGGAGCCUCUUCAAAGCCCUGACAGCUUGCCCUGCAUCUCUUUACAUACCAUCCUAUAAUAAAUGUUUCUUUGUUCUUUGUAUAAAGCUGUUGCUCGUGGAGGUCAGGGAAAGUGUCUUGCAGGGUUUGUGCUUGAUGUAGUUGGUACUAAAUAAAUGCUGAUUAAGUAGGUAGAUGAAUGAAUCACAGGGAGUGGUGAUGUAUUCCUAUGGCUGCAAUAAAGUGGUCAAUGAGCCACAGAUACACAUAUUCUCUUCCUUCUCAGAAGUGUGCAUGCUAUCUCCCCACCCUACCAGGAGUUCCCCUAAUUUUUGCUUUCACUGUUAUUUUAAUUAAACUCCUUUUAUAGGGGAAAGAGUUGAUGUGGUGUUUCCUAUGUAGCUCAGGCUGGCCUUGAACUCAGUAUGCAGCAGUCUUACCUCAGCUUCUUGAGUGCUGAGAUUCCAAGUAUUUGCACUACCACACCCAAUAGGCUCUAAUUAGACUCUGAAUUGUGAGAAGGUGAGAUGCAUUUAGCAUCUAACUUACAAGAAGGGAGAUCAAAGAAGAUAAAUCUUCUGGAAAUCCAAGGAUAAGUAAAGCUGCAGUGUGUGGGAACUGGAGCUCUCUUCCUUUCAGCUUGAACCUGUGUGAGCACCAGUGUCUCACCACUAAUGUGAGAGCCACGUCCAUUGGUUCUGUCUCCUGGUAACUGCUCCCCUGGUCCCUGAGGCAACUUCAGUACCUCUUGAUGUCUUUUUGACUCAUCACCUGCAUGCUGUCCCAACACUUUAAAAUUCAUGGUCACUAAGAAGGAUGUCAUCUUUUCAUACCAGAUCAUUUCUGUCACAGUUUUUAUUAACUGGACACAAACUUAGGCAUACUUGGGAAGAGAGAAUCUCAAUUGGGUUGCCUCCCUCAGAUGGGCCUGUGAGCAUGUUUGCGUGGGGUAUUUUCUUUCUUUUUUCUCAAGACAGGGAUUCUCUCUGUAGCCCUGGCUGUCCUGGAACUCACUCUGUAGACCAGGCUGGCCUCAAACUUUGGGAACUCAGAGAGAUCUGCUUGCCUCUGCCUCCCAAGUGCUGGGUUCAAAAGCGUGCGCUGCCGCCGCCGCCACCACCAGGAGGAUGGGGCAUUUUUUUUAAUUGCCAAUUAAUACAGGCAGGCCCAGUCCAUGUGGAUAAUGCCAGCCCUGGGAAAGUAGGCCUGGGCUGUAUGAGAAAGUAGCUGAGCAAGCCAGUAAGCAGUGUUCCUCCGUGGUCUCUGCUUCAGUGUCUGCCUCCAGAUUCCUGCCUAGGCUUCCCUUGGGAAUGGACUGUAACCUGUGGGCCAUAUAUAAAUCCUCUCUUCCCUGAGUUGCUUUUGGUCAAUGUCUCCUCAGAGCAAGAGAAAGCAAACAAGGAUGUUUCUAGUAGGUCAGUUAAUUUCUCACUAAUUGCUAGUUACUAAUUGGUUACUCACUGAUUUUCCAGUUGUGAUAUGAUCAGUGUGGUUCUAGAAACGAGAUGAAGAGUCUUAUAGUAUCAAAGAUGGAUGCUUCAUUAGCAAGAGCUGUAAAUGGAAUGCUACUCCUCUAAAGAGGCCAUAGUUUUUAUUUAUCUUAUCCACAUAGUCAUUUGUAAAGUUGCUUAUGGUUUUAGCUCAUUAAACAUUCAGGGCAACAUUAAAUGUGAAUAUAUAAAUAUCGUGUGAAUCUUGCUAUGUUCUGACUCUUGGGAACAGAACUCUGCCCUGAAUGGUACAACAGACACUGCUGUGGUUCCCAUAUCCAUGGCUUUUGUUCUAACUCUGCAGUGAGCAGAGAGUGCCCUUGGUCUUGCUUUCUUUGCUCUUUGUAAGGUGCUGGGAAUGAAGGUGGCUGCAUUGCUCACUGGUAUAUGGGGGGGCCUUGCCACGUGGGCCAGAAGACCCCAGGACUGCUCGUUCUCAUACCUUCUCUCCCCCCAUACUUUUUCCUCACUAGUCCUCUGUUCUUCCCUACCAGGACAGCAUAGGAGGGAAUGGCCACUGUGUCUCCACCUACCAGAUGCCAGACGUCGGUGACAUUUGAAGAUGUGGCCGUGACUUUCACAGAUGAAGAGUGGAGGCAUCUGGUCCCUGUGCAGCGGGCACUCUACAAGACAGUGAUGCUGGAAAACUAUGAGAGCAUCAUCUCACUGGGGCUUCCUGUGCCUCGACCUGAUGUGAUUCUUCAGUUGAAGAGAAGGGACGAGCCAUGGACACAGGGUCGUCAUGGGUCUGAGGAGAAAGAAUGGCCAGAGAAUGUCUCUCUAGACUGGGAGACUAAGCCUGAGACCCUAGCUGCUUCAGAAGGAACACUGAGAGAAAGCCUUAGAAGGCCAAGUCCUCUCUGCCCUAAACUUGAAGUUCAAGCACUAGCAGGUGGGUUGGAACCAGAAAAGGAAAGUCCUAAAGCAGACACUGGCAAGAAACCCCUUUCCUCGGACAAAAGCUUGCAGCGAAGGUCAGCCCCAUCCAAGAAAAUCCUCCCUAAACACCAGGACCAGGAGUGUAGUGACUGUGGGAAGACCUUCUUUGACCAUUCCUCACUCAUCCGCCACCAGAGAACUCACACUGGCGAGAAGCCCUAUGACUGUCCUGAGUGUGGGAAGGCCUUCAGUCACAGGAGCAGUCUCAGCAGACAUCUGAUGGCCCACACAGGAGAGAGCCCGUAUGAGUGCAGUGCAUGUGGCAAAGCCUUCUUUGACCGUUCAUCCCUAACUGUGCAUCAGCGGAUUCACACAGGAGAGAAGCCUUUUAAAUGCAGUGAGUGUGGCAAAGCCUUCUUUGACCGAUCAUCCCUUACUCGCCACCAGAGAAUUCACACUGGGGAGAGUCCCUAUGAAUGUCAGCAGUGUGGGAAAGCCUUUAGCCAGAAAAGCAUUCUCAGUCGUCACCAGCUGAUCCACACUGGCAGGAAGCCAUAUGAAUGCAGUGAGUGUGGGAAAGCGUUCUAUGGUGUCUCCUCCCUAAACCGACACCAGAAAGCGCAUGCUGGGGAACCACACCAUCAGUGCAACGAGUGUGGCAAAGCUUUCUUUGACCGCUCUUCUCUCACACAGCACCAGAAGAUACACACUGGAGACAAGCCAUAUGAGUGCAGCGAGUGUGGGAAAGCCUUCAGCCAGAGGUGCCGGCUCACACAGCAUCAGAGAGUUCAUACAGGGGAGAAACCCUUUGAGUGUAGUGUGUGUGGAAAAGAGUUCAGCUUCAAGUCCUCAGUUAUUCAGCAUCAGAGGCGUUAUGCCAAACAAGGGACAGACUGACCAGGGGAGAAGCGUGAGCUACGCAAAGGGCCUUCCUAUAAACUUGGUAGGUCUCCCUGUCAUCUACAAACCCAGCAUUUGCUCAUUCUAUCUACUCUGGCUGCCCUCAUCGGUCCCACCUCUGCUCCACAGUGUCUGAGUAAACAGCAUAUCUACUGUGCUACAGAACUGAUGUGGAGUGCAGAAACUAAAACAUGAAUCUCCAGAUUCAGAAUUUUGGACAGAGGCUGGGUGUAGCUCAGUGAUAGAAUCCCACCUAGUAAGUAUGCGGCCUGCUGUUCCAUCCCCAGCACUGAGAAAGAAAGUUGGAGAGAUUGUCAGACAGCAGGAUGGAUGUUAGGAGGGAGUCUGCAGACAUAACCUUAGGAGAACAUAGGUCCCUUGUCACUGCACUUGAAAUAGCUGCAGGCUGUUACAGGGGGGAAUGUCACAAUUAUGCGAGAAGACCAUUUUCUCCAGAAGUUUCUAUAGCUUUUAGUCCUUCAGAAGCUUUUUGGAACACAGACCUUGUUCUCUUGUGCCCUAGCAUUUAGCCCUCUUAAUACUGGUAGUAGUGGUAGCACUUAACUAAGCACUUAUCUUGGGGUAAACACUCAGCAGAGAAUUUUGGAAGGGCUAGACUGACUGAUCCUCUAACUAAACCUGUGAAACAGGUCCUUUUGCUGUCUGACUUCCACAGAUGAGCACAAUGAAGUUUAGAGAGAUUAAGUAAUAUACUCUGGGUGACACAAGGUGAAGCCAGGUGUCUUAGCUACUUUUUUAUUACUGUGUAGAGACAUGAUAACCAGGGCAACUUAUAAAAGAAAGCUUUUAACUGGGAGCUUGCUUACAGGUCCAGAGGGUGACUCUGUGACCAUCGUGGCAGGGAGCAUGGCAACAGAUAGGCAGGCAUGGUGCUGGAGCAGUAGCUGAGAGCUCACAUCUGAUCCACAAGCAGUAGGCCAAGAUAUAGGGACAGACAGACAGACAGACAGACACACUGAUCUUGGCAUGGGCUUUUGAGACUUCAAAGCCCACCCCCAGUGACACACCUCCUCUAACAAAGCCACACUCCCUAAUCCUUUCUAAACACUCCACCAGCUGGGACCCAAACAUUCAAAUAGCCUGUGGGGGCGAUUCUCAUUCAAACCACCACAUUCCACUCAAGGACAAGAUCAGCUGGUCCUCAUGCUGUGAAACAAGUCCUUUUGCUAUCUGAAUUUCACAGAUGAGCACGCUGAAGUUUAGACAGAUUAGGAACAUACCCUAGACAACACAAGGUGAAACCAGGUCUUUAGUAUGGGUCUGCCUUCAGUGUUUCUAUUAAGCAUGCUCUUAACUUUUGUCUUAUAAUUUAUAUACCUGAAUUGUCUUCUCAACUGGAUUGUAAGCACUUGUAGGUGUGAUUUAAUAGAUCUCUGAAUCUUACACAGUGCCUUGCAAACAUUAGGUUGCUCAAUAAAUGUUUAUCUAAUGAAUACCAAACGUAUUCAAACCCUGCUUGGGUCCACCUUCUGAGUUUUCACAAUCCAGCCUAUAGCAUCCUAGUAGUCACUUCCAAGUUCUGUUUCUUCCUUCUUCACUGCUCAAGAGAUCUAUACUAAGCUGUGGUACAGUAACAAAGAAGCCUAGGUAAACAAAGACCUGUGUCUCUCAUCUGGUGUGUAUCAUUCUGUUCAUUCAAUGAUACCAAUCUAUACCACAUGGGACCCACACAUUACGAAUAAGGAAGAAAGCUAAAGAAUAUUCUUAUCAUCUUGGUGCCAAUCCAGUUGCAAUCCACACCUGAAGGGUAGGGACACAAGCAGGCACCUUGAUAUUUGGAUGACACUAGAAGCCACUACGUUUUGCACAUCACUUAGCUUAGUCUGUGUGAAAGCCACGUGGCCCCUUUCUGCCCAUUAUUCCAGAUCCAACAUAGCUCUCUAUAUAAUAAAAUAUCUCUGGAUAUUUAAAAUCUUCUUUAAUACACUCCCCCAUCACCAAACUUCAGAUCCUGGGUGUUGCAGGAUAUUUGAUCACACUGUGAAACUUGGAGACUGCGUUAAUAAAGUUAACUUAGAGCAGGGGGCAGAGCCAGUGAUUAGUUGACAAGAAUUAGCCAUAGAGCAUUUGGAGGACCUGGGAAGAUGGAUACAGACACACACAGGAAGUAGGGUGGACUUAGAGAUCCACAGUUCUUUUUGUUUUUGGAUGGUAUGGAGAGAAGUUAUCCUGCUGGGUCUCCGGCCAAAAAGAAAGUUCAGCUGGUUGCUUCUCUGAUCUGGCAGGUUUUCACCCCAAUAUCUGACUCCCAGGUCUUUAUUGACUCAGUAAAUAAAACAACUUAGAUAAAAGCAACACCUGAGUACCCAAAUGCAUCUAUUUCCUAGGUGAAACUCUGUAUUUUUAUUGUAUUAAAGGUCAGAUAUGAAGCAACCUUGACUUUGGGAAUCAGUAUUCCCUUUUUGCAAGGUAAGGUCUGGAAAAAGUCGUUGUAUUCCAGUUGAUCAAAGUGGAACUGAGAGGAAGCAGAAUUGCCAAAUAGUCCUCUCCCAUGCUACUAAACAUAAAUUUAUUUUGGUCUCUCUUAAAGCAGAAAAGUGUCAGGGAAUACAUUGUAUGUGUGUAUUUAUGUAAUUUAUAAGCAGCUUAAAAAUACCACAGGGAUUGUGUGUAGAUAAUACGUAAUGUUUCAUAAUGUCAAGUAAAAACUAAAGGGACUAUUGGCACACUUGUCUUUUGACUCUGA